AAAGUGCAACUUUCAACCCUAGUCUGUCCCAAGCAAUAACGCUCCUUACAUUGCGCCAAUCCGGGCUUAAAUCAGCAAAUCAGAACUGAGAACCGGAGAAUUCCCCUCCAGAAACCCUUGUUUUCAUCUCUUCAACUCCCCAAAUUUGGGUAAUUUUCGCUGUCCUUUUCGCAAUUGAAAUGCCUUCUGAAGAUUCAAAGGCCUUGAAGAAGGAAUCCGUCGAAGAUGAGGAGGAGGAGGAGGAGGAGGAAUGCAUUGGCGCAAUGCUGAAGAGCCGGAAGAAAGAAGGUUCCGGCGGCAAUGCCGCCGUGAAAUCUCAGUCAGCCAAGGCCAAGAAACCGCCCGCUAAAGCGAAGGAGGAAGGCGGUGCUGAAAAGCCCGCUCCCAGGAAGAACUCGAACAAGGCUCCUGAUAGUAAAGCUAAAGCGAAGAAAGAAGAGGCCGAUGACGAUUUUGAAGAACCUAAAUCCAAAAAUACGGCUAAUAAAACUGAAAAGGUGCAGAAAAAGGCGAAGAAAGAGCAGGAAGAGCCGCGGAAGGGGAAGAAGGCAACUAAAGAAGCAGAGCAGAAUGGGAAGAAGAAGAGAGUGAAGGUGGUUUAUGAUUUGCCUGGCCAGAAGAGAGACCCUCCAGAGGAGAGAGACCCAUCGAGGCUUUUUUAUGAAUCUCUGUACAAUCAAAUUCCAGAAAGUAACAUGGCUGCAGUCUGGAUGAUGGAGUCUGGUUUGCUAUCCAAGGACAAGGCGAAGGAAGUUUCCGAGAAGAAUCCGAAAAAGGCACAGCAGCAGAAGCUCGGUUCAGCAAAGAAAUCUGGCAAGAAAACCACGCGCGCUAAGAAGACGCAGACGCCUUCUCCGGCUGUCUCUACACAGAGAAAGAAAGCUUCUGGAUCUGAAGCCAAACCGAAACAGUCAAACAAACGCAAGAAGGAGGAUGAUGAUGACUCUGAUGCUGAAUCAGAUGAUGACUUUGUUCUGGCUCCAAGAAACCCAAAGAAACAGAAGGCUUCCUAGAUUCUUUUUCAUUAGUGAAUCUUGGUUUUUCUAACCUAAUUGAGAGAGAGAGAAAGAGAGAUGCUCAUUUCUGCUUCUGCAGCUACUUCUGGGCACCAUUUUCUAACUAAUUUUGUUAAAACUGGAUUCUUUUGAAUAUUAAAAUGUUAACAGUAUUCACUCCCCUAUUUCUUCAACCAA